AGUGGUUGUCCACAUUACAGAGGCUCCCUCCCCCUCCCCUCCUCGGAUGCUGUGACAAUGCAGCAUGGGGGUGGUGCUCGCUCCCCCCCUCCUCCUGUAUUCUCUGUCAGAUCCCGGGCGCUCCAUCCAGCAGUAACAGCAUUCUCAUAUCAGGGCAGCGUCUUUCUGUCAGGAUGGGCCCCUGUAUCCUGUUGGUGGCUGUCACUGUCUGUGUGUCUGUCCCAAGCGCUCUCAGUAAGCCUCUUGGUGUAUUAACCCACGAUGACCUUGGAGUUGCUCGAAGGUUGAGGAGAAGCCUUCCCUACGAGGCCGACAUGUCCUACAUGCCCUCAGAACCUGUGCGCAACGAGCCUCUGUACCCCGACCUAAGUCAAGCGAUGCUCGCCAGGUUGGCCGCCUACCCUCAGGAGGAACUUCUGGCCCGAGCCUUGGAGAGGAUGGGCAACCCCCGAAGAGUCGAACCCACUCGCGAUAGUCCAUCCCUCCAGCAGUUGGUAGAAGAAGGUCAGAGGAGAGAUAAGGAGACCAUGUAUCUGGCCAACCUCCUGCACCUGUGGAACCAAAUCAACCAGGGUAAAGCUUACGUUGACCAACUUCAGGGUUUUCCGGGUCCCGUCCCAUCGGACAUAGUGGAAUAUCAGAGGCCGUACCAAGACUACGAUGAUACGGGGGUGGUGACCAGCAGGGUAAGACCACAGAUGUCGCGAAACCAGAUGGCACAAGCACUGCAGAGUCAUUACAGGCAGAACCGGGGGUUUGAAGGUCACCUCCAGCCAGAAGAGACCAACGAGGAUGGAUAUCCCAUCGACGAAGACAUGCUAAGGUACCUCGUAACCCGUGUCCUGUCUGCAAUGAACGAAGCCGAAAUGUUCCAGCGUCUGCCGCCAAGUCCCUCCCGGCGCAUGCGGCGCUCGUUGGAAGAUGACCGCGACGAAGACACCCCGGCCAACCUGCUGCGUGUCAAACGUCUGGACACUGAUAACGUCGUCCCUGACUUUACCUCCAAUGGGCUGCUCCACAGGAAGCGGAGCGAGAGCGACCUCAAUAUUCAGAGCCGACCCCAACACUUUACUGAUCAGAGGGUCACAGAGCAACUGCUGAAGUAUUUCCCCGAGUAGUAAUCCGCAUAACCGUCCACAUCAUACUCAUACAACUCACAAGUUCCUCACAAGACACAACAUCCAUAACUGUAUCUGUCCACUCAUCUGUCCAUCCAUCCGAAAACUGCCAGUCGGACACUGUGACCUCUUAGUCAUUGGCCAGUCUACGUACCGUAAGGUCACCCGUAGACCAAAUUUGUUGACAUCUGCAUUAUUUGAUACUAGGAUCAAUAUCUGAUGUCUUCUUGGCCAACGGAACCUGUAAAGCUGUCAUACUUGUAAGAUUAUCCCAAAAUGUCAUACUUAGCCUAUUCCCCCCCCCCCCCCCCCAUUACCAUUUGGCUAACCCUAGCAGUUACCAUCACCCCAAUCCCUCCUAUUACCAUUUGGCUUGUCUUAAAGGAGCUCUCCGGUGGAAAUGAACUGGUGCCAGAUUUGUAAAUUACUUCUAUUAAAAAAUAUUUGUCCUUCCAGUACUUAUUAGCAGCUGUAUGCUACAGAGGAAAUUCUUUUUGUGAAUUUCUUUUUUGUCUUGUCCACAGUGCUCUCUGCUGACACCUCUGUCCGUGUCAGGAACUGUCCAGAGUAGCAUAGGUUUGCUAUGAGGAUUUUCUCCUGCUCUGGACAGUUCCUGAUACUGGCAUCAGGUGUCAGCAGAGAGCACUGUGGACAAGACAAAAAAGAAAUUCAUACAGUUGCUAAAAAGUACUGGAAGGGUAAAGAUUUUACAAGUCAUUUACAAAUCUGUUUAACUUUCUGGCACCAGUUGAUUUAAAAAAAAAAAUGUUUUCCACCGGAGUACCCCUUUAAUGCAUAUGGUAACCCUAAUGGAAGAGGCUGGGGUCUGUCCUACUACUGGUCAAUGGGGGUGCAACCAGAUGGGCCAUGAAAUUAAACAUGGCUGUCCUAAUUCCCCCCGAUCCACCUGCUCAUAUGCCCCAAUGAUAAGAACUCAUGACAUCUCUAUAUUAAAUAUGGCCGACUCUAGGUGGACCUUCUACGUGGUACCUUCCAGCAGAACCCUUGUACAUGUAAUUUGCUUGUCCUAUAUAUAACUGGACAGAAUGACCACUAUGGGGUCACAGCUUGUCCGCUGUACAGUAUCGGGCCUGUCAAUCACUCAGCAUAGACCUUGCAGAAUGUAAGACUUUCCCCACCUAAUAAAGAUGGCAAGAAUACUAGUCAACGCUCAUGUGGGCCAUCCAUCCCGAGCAGCCACCACAAUGGCACAUAAAAAGCCGGUGCCAUUCUAGAUUUUCUGUGAGAUGCUAACUCAAACCCAAUGAUCCCUAGGGAUGGAUAGCCCACCUGCCCAAGAAGCCUAUGCUGUCUUAUAUUGUCUGGUCCUACAUCUACUCAGAUCCUCUCUCCGUCCCAGAGAAGAUGAAUGUAAGAAACCAAUGAAAUAUUUGCACCUUAAUCUAAUAGUUUACACAUAUCAACACCUGAUAAAUCAACUAAAAAGCUGCUACGGGGGGUUCCAUUCCUCCCUUGACAUAUCUGUCCUUACAGUACCAGCAUAAAAUGGGCCUUAUGGAUCAAAACCAUCUGCAGGGCAAAGUACCCUUGGUGCCCAUAGCACCUGAUGAGAACUCAGCUUUUAUUUUGUAACAAUGAAAAGCGGCCUCUGAUUGGUCACUAUGGACAUCACCAACCUUUAUGGUACACAAGGCCCGUUGUCUUCAGAAUGUCCCUUCUCCCAUAUACACAACACUGAUCCAAAUCCUACAAGACCCAUAUCUAUAACUUUACAUACCUGACCCUGCCGUGUCCCCCAUCCAUGGUCAUCCUGCUCUGUGUCCCAGUUUUUAAUGUGCGUUAUUUUUCUAUCCUCGCUUACCGCAUAGAUGUGCACUGAACAGUAAAAAGAUGUCACUUAUUGUAUAUUGCUCUGCAGGUAAUUAAAAUGGUAUAUCCAUA